GAGGAUUUUCAGAAAUUUCAUAUGGAAAUUUUGAGCUCUAAAAAAUUUUUUUUUUCAAUUCUAAAUAUUUAGAGUUUCUGAGAGAAUAGUUUCAGCCAAUAGCCAAGUGCAGCCCAGGAGAGAAAAGUGAAGAGAUAAUGGUGAGGAGGAGGAUGAGCAGAGAACCAUUGGGAAAGGAAUGGGAGGAGGUGACAGAGGAGGGAACGACGAGGAAAACGGAGGUAGGAGAGGAAGCGACAUUAGGGAUAAUGGAGCCAGGCACACCCAGCCUGGGAGGAACCCGUCAGGAAGGCGGCCACACACCGGCACCAUAGCGCGCUGUAUAGGGAGAAGUACCGCUCCGGUACCGCUCAUAGGCGCACACAAGCCGCUGCUCCGGGAGUGCUGAGGACACAGGGAGGCAGGAGCACCGUUCCCCGCAGAGACAGCCUGGAUAGAGCUGGGAGGGAGGCCGGGCCUUCCAUCUCCACCUUCUCCUCCUCCCCUCCAGCUCCCCUCCCUCUCCCCCUCCUCCCCGGUGCCGCCGUCACUCUCCAGCCGGGAGCUGAGGGAAGCUUGGAGGCCGCCGGGUGUCCGCGCCGUGUCCGGGAGCCGCACUGGGAAUACAUCGGGAAGAGACCGGGGCUGUGAAUCCACCGCUGCCGAGAUGGAGCAAUUAUCAGAUGAGGAAAUUGAUCAUGGAGCAGAGGAGGACAGUGAUAAGGAAGACCAGGACCUGGAUAAGAUGUUUGGAGCCUGGCUAGGGGAGCUGGACAAGCUUACCCAGAGUCUGGAUACUGAGAAGCCAGAAGAACCCGUAAAGAGGUCACCCCUCCGCCAGGAGACUAAUCUUGCCAACUUCUCAUAUAGGUUUUCUAUGUACAACAUUAAUGAAGCAUUAAAUCAAGGGGAGACAGUGGAUUUAGAUGCUCUCAUGGCGGAUCUCUGCUCAAUUGAGCAGGAACUUAGCAGCAUUGGGUCCCAGUCCUCCAAGAACACCCUUAAGUCUCAUGAACGCAGAUCUUCCCAGAAGCCACCAGCUGGACGCGUAAGCUCCAAACAGAGCAGUUUAAGAGGAUUGCCUCCUUCUUCAGGGAGGACAAGUAAACCUUCUCAUGCCAAUUUUUCAUUGGAUGAUAUCACUGCACAGUUGGAACAGGCCUCUCUAAGUAUGGAUGAAGCAGCACGACAAACAGCAGUAGAAGAUGCUAAGCCUGCUGUAACCAUCCAUCAUAGACGGACAGCAUCAGCAGGCACCGUCAGCGAUAGUGAUAUUCGUUCUGUUAGCAACUCCUCACGUUCCAGCAUUACUUCAGCAGCUUCUAGUAUGGACUCCCUGGAUAUUGAUAAAAUGACAAGACCUCAGGAGCUAGACCUGAUACAAGGUCAGCCCAUUUCCGAGCAUGUUACAUUGGGAAGACCCUUUCAAGCCAGGCGGCACCUUGACUUUACACAAGAGGCAGAAGUGAGCCCUCAUUCCUAUCUGGACAGGGAGACCUCCCUUCUGCUCAGAAACAUUGCAGGAAAGCCCUCACACUUGCUGACUAAGGAGGAACAGGCUGCUAAAAUAAAGGCAGAGAAGAUUCGAAUAGCUUUAGAAAAGAUAAAGGAAGCUCAAGUUAAAAAGCUUGUGAUCAGAGUGCACAUGUCAGAUGACAGCUCCAAGACAAUGAUGGUAGACGAAAGACAAACUGUACGACAGGUGCUGGACAACUUGAUGGACAAAUCCCACUGUGGAUACAGCCUGGAUUGGUCAUUAGUUGAGACAAUUUCCGAACUACAAAUGGACCGUAUCUUUGAAGACCAUGAAAAUUUAGUUGAGAACUUAUUGAACUGGACUCGGGAUAGUCAGAACAAGCUGAUGUUUGUGGAACGUAUUGAAAAAUAUGCAUUGUUCAAAAAUCCACAAAACUAUCUUUUAGGAAAGAAAGAGACUUCUGAGAUGGCUGAUAGAAAUAAAGAAGUCUUAUUAGAGGAAUGCUUCUGUGGUAGUUCAGUAACUGUCCCAGAAAUAGAGGGAGUCCUGUGGCUGAAAGAUGAUGGAAAGAAAUCCUGGAAGAAGAGAUAUUUUCUGCUGAGAGCAUCUGGUAUUUACUAUGUACCAAAAGGGAAAGCAAAGGCAUCUCGGGACCUUGUCUGCUUCCUUCAACUGGAUCAUGUCAAUGUUUAUUAUGGACAAGAGUAUCGGAGCAAGUACAAAGCUCCUACAGACUAUUGCCUGGUAUUAAAGCAUCCACAAAUUCAGAAAAAGUCUCAGUAUAUCAAGUAUCUGUGCUGUGAUGAUGUCCGAACAUUACACCAGUGGGUUAAUGGAAUUCGAAUCGCAAAGUAUGGAAAGCAGCUUUACACCAAUUAUCAGGAAGCCUUGAAGAGGACAGAAGCUGCUUAUGACUGGACAUCUUUGUCCAGCUCUAGUAUUAAAUCUGGUUCCAGUUCUUCUAGUUUACCAGAAUCCCAGUCAAACCAUUCAAACCAAUCAGAUAGCGGACUCUCUGAUUCCCUGGCCACCAGCCAUGUACGUUCCCAGAGCAUUGUGAGCUCGAUAUUCUCUGAAGCCUGGAAGAGAGGAACCCAGCUGGAGGAAUCCAGCAAGGCUCGCAUUGAAACCCUAACGCGCCCCUUAACUUCAUUGACUCCCCAGUCACAGAUUCAGAUAAGAGCUGUGUCUCCACAUGCGUUAUCUCAACCCUCACCACUUGCACCACCACCUCCUCCUCCCCCGCCACCUCCACCACCUCCCCCACCUCCUCCUCCGCCACUUCCGACACAAUCCAAAUCCACACCAAUAUUGUUUGCAAAGUACAGUACAAUCACAAGGCUACAAAAUGCUGCCCAAUACCCAGGGCCUCAUUUCAAGGCAACUUCAGCAACCCAAGUAGCCCAACAUACUACCCUAGGUACAAAACCUCAAAUGAUUGUCACCCCAAAUGGAGCUAUUCCUCCCCCACCACCCCCUCCCCCUCCUCCCCCACCACCUCCACCUGGUUCUGCUAUGGCAAUGUUAAGGCCUAACCCUUGUGCGCCAUCCACACCUCAGUUUACACCUCCACCACCUCCUCUAAAGAUAAAUCAAGUCCCACAGAAUAACACUAUCCAGACUGCUCAACCUCCUCCACCCCCACCAUUACCUCCACCCCCUCCGCCGCCUUCAUUCCAAGCUCCUGUGAAACAGUUUGUGCCAGUAAGUAAAAAUACAGCCCCUGUUGUUAAUCCACCAUCGACUGCAGCUGCAGGACCACCUACCGCGCCCAAAAAACAGUUACAUUUUAGUCUGUCCCAAACUCCACAGUCUUUAGUAUGUACAUCAACCCCAAGUGGGCCCACACCACCUCCAACAUUACCAAAACAGCAAAGCUUCUCUGCCAAGCCUCCUUCCUCUCCACAGUCAGCCAUGCCCUCAGUUAAACAGAUUGUUAGUCAGUUUCCACCACCUCCUCCAUCAGAUAUACCUAAGCCAGCAACACCAAGUACUGUUCCUCAGUCUCCUCCAGCUGUGAAAGCAAAGCCAAAAUGGCAGCCAUUUUCUGUUCCAUCACCAGAAUUUCCUCCUCCUCCUCCUGAAAGUAGCUUAGCAUUACUUCCUCCACCACCUCCGCCUCCUCCACCCCCUCCUUCAACAUCCCCUGUUCCACCAUCCUCCCCAACACCAGAUAAAACAGGAUCCCCUGUUAAGAAGGCAACCAAGACUUCAAGUCCUGGAGGGAAAAAACCUCCCCCCACGCCACAGAGAAAUUCUAGUAUUAAGUCCAAUAGCUCUGCUGAGUAUCAUGAAUCCAAAAAGACAUCUGUGGACAGCCUUGUGUGUAAAUUUUCAGAGUCUCCCGGAUCUCCUUCAAAAGAGUCAUUACCCCCACCAGCAGCUCCGCCAAAACCAGUUAAACUAAAUCUUUCAGGGGUAAACUUACCAAUGGUCUUUCAACAAGGAAGUAGUCACUCUGCACAAAUGAUGCCUACACCAAAAGAACACACAACAGAAUUUCCAUCUCCUCCUUCUGAUUCUGAGUCUGAAUUUCCACCUCCGCCAGCAGAUCUUGAGCUUUUACCCCCUCCUCCACCACCUGUAGAUGCACCACCAAUGUUGUUUUCUGGGAAUACCUCACCGAAAGUCGCAGUUGUGAAUCCACAGCCCCAGACGUGGUCAAAAUCAUCUGUAAAGAAAGCUCCACCUCCUACUAGGCCAAAACGCAAUGACAGCAUGAGAUUAAUGCAGACUGAAACUACAGAACCUGCCCCUGUAAGUCCCCAAGUCCCAACUUCGCCCAAGCCUGGCCUUAGUGUACAGCCUGGAUUCCUUGCUGACCUAAACAAGACUCUGCAGCGAAAAUCUAUUACUCGGCAUAGUUCUCUGUCCUCAGCCCGUUUAUCAAGGCCUGAACCCACUGCUACUAUGGAUGAUAUGGUACUGCCUCCUCCACCACCAGAACUUUUAGGUGAACAUCAAAAAGCUAAUUGCUAUGGCAGCAGCCAUUUAUCAGGCUAUGCAACAUUACGAAGGGGACCUCCUCCAGCCCCACCUAAAAGAGACCAGAAUACCAAACUUUCUAGAGACUGGUAACCUAUGUCAUAAACUUUUUUUUGGAUGUGUUGCACACCCAGCUGACUAAUGUACUAUUAAUUUAGACUCAUUGUAUCAUAAUAUUCAGUCAAGCAAUGCAGUUUCAGAAUAAGGGUCAUUGUGCACUUUGCUGAACAGGAACCGAAUCUGGUGAUCCAUAACUAUUCUCACUAUGGAUAGGACCAAAACUCUAUUCAUAUUCUACAUAUAAUGAAAUCUUUUUGUAGUGUACGUUGGUGUGCAGUGGGUCUCUGCAUGUAUUCCUACAAUAGGCAUAUAAUUAUGUAAGUAAUAUAGCAGCUGUAAAAUAAAAGAUAACAAGAAUGUUUUAUUUCAAUAUGUCUGUUUUCAGUCAAAGAAUAGUAUACGAUCAUCACACUUGAUAUUUGGUGCAAAAGAUAUGCCUCAAGAAAGACUUAACACUAUUAUUUUUAGAUGCUUGCAAUCUGGUUCAGCCAAAGUGGCCAGUAAGUACCGUAAGUUGUGAACUGAGGUCUGCCUUAAUUGCUAAGGGGUGCUAUUGUCAUAUGUGUAUUAGGUUUUUAUCAGAAUUGUUUCAUCCUGCUUUUGUUAUUUCCCCUGUUUCAGUAUAGUGUAGCAUUUGCAGUCAUUCCUUUCUACAGACUGUAAAAAUUAACUUCCACCUAUAAAGGUUUAAAAAAACUUGAAGUGAAAAAGGCUAUUGCAGCUGAACUUCUAUCCUAACUGUUCAAUGCGCUCAGUUUUAAUCUGCACAUAUUAUCCUUUGUAGGGGACUGCUGUUUUUGUGUAUUUGCAUAAAGUAUGCAGAGAAAACAAGAGGGUAGCUUUCUUCUCUUUUGUCUUGAUCCAGUUACUUCCACAAUGAUCUUCCAUUCUUAUUGUCUGAAAUAAACAGUAGACUGCAACAUACACCAGAAAGUAUUGCAGAAAAUGUCUCCUUACAAGCCUGUUACGGGGCAAACUUUCGCUCUCUUUUUAAAAAGGUCAAUCACAUUUAUAUUAUAUGCUGGAACUCAUGGUGCUGCGAGACAAGUAAAUGACAAUUAAAAGAAUGUUGUAAAAUUAGAAAAAAGGGCCUGCUUUUUCCCAGAUAUAUUACUUAAACUUGGGUUCUGCUGCGGUACCACACACACAGCCAGUAGACAAGAUUGGAGUUUUCUUAUUGCAACAAUCCCAAUAAGAAUAACAACAUAAAAGUUUAUUGGCAUAAUAAAUAAGAAAAUGUACAACUUUUUCCCCAUGUCCAAAGCUCAUGGUAUAUUUUCUUGUUCUUUCUACUUCAUAGAUACACGUUCAGCACACAGACUUCUGGUUGGUAAUUCAGAAAUUCUCAUUUAUUUAAGCAAGUUACUCUUUUUCUGUUAAGGGUCUGUGUUUCAACAAUAACAUAUAACUUAAUAGAAAAGAAUUUAAGAAUGGCAGAUAACUGACAUUUAUUGUGCAAGUAUUAACAUACAGGAAAGCAGCAUUGUGGGAGAGGGACGCAGACAGGUAGGUGACAGCUAUUUUGCAUGUAUCACGUGCUUCUUCUGACCACUCCCUUCACCACGUCAGUACCAGUAGAAAUACCUGGCAGUGACGUGGGCAGGUGUAUGUUUUAACCCUUGAAAGUGCAAGUGAAUUAAAAACAGUUAAAAACACACACACAUCAUGCAAUGUAAAUACUGCGCUUUUUAAACAAAUACACUGAAGUCAAUCUUAUCGUUUGGCCCUGCAGGUCCCAGCGCUUUAGUAUGCAGGAUCCAUUUAGCUUCUUUUUGACAGAGGAGCUUCUUUUUAUCACCCCUGGCUUCUAAUUGUAUACGCUCUAUACCAAAGAAUAUAUAUAUAUAUAUAUAUAUAUAUAUAUAUAUAUAGAAUAUACCACAGAAUUUUAAUACAGCUGUAUUGCCUGCAUGUUCUUCCCUGACAUGAUGUAUCAGUCGCAGGGAACCCUUCUGCGUUUCUAUCAUGUGUAUGUGUUCUCGGAAGCAAGUGUGAACCGGGCGUAUAGUGCUACCUAUAUAAAACCUCCUGCAUUCACUCUCUCUAUUCCGUAGACCACAAAUUUUCUCCGUCAGCAUAUGAAACCUUUCCCCUCCAAAUGACACUCUUCCUAGGGAAAAAUUUCUCCGUUUUAAAGAACCACACCAAUUGCAACCUCCACAUCUGUGGUUGCCUUUUGUUGUUCCAAUCCGCUGUGAGCCAUACCUACUGCAAGUCAAAAAAUGUCUCAGAUUUUUGGCUUUUCUGAAGGCAACCAUCGGUUUGCCCUCAGCUAAUUCUGCUAACUGGGGUCUUUCUGAAUUAAAUACCAGUUCUUUUUUUUAUAGAUUCUUUGAUUAUAUUGGCAAGUGGACUAUAUUUAAAUCGCAGGGACCUGCAGGGCUAAACGAGAAGAUUGACUUGAGUAUAUUCGUUUAAAAAAACGCAGUAUUUACAUUGCACGAUGUGUGUGUUUUUAACAGUUUUUAAUCCGCUUGCACUUUCAGGGGUUAAAACAUACACCUGCCCAUGUCACUGCCAGGUAUUUCUACCGGUAUUUCUACCUAGAAGCAUGUGCGAAAUAGCUAUGACCUAUUUGUCGGCAUUCCCUCUCACAAGAUGCUGCUUUGCUGUAUGUUUAUACUUGCACAAUAAAUGUCACAGUUAUCUGCCAGAUGGGCGAGUGCCAUUCUUGAAUUCUAUUGAAUUAUUGAUGGACUGUGCCUCUUGAAUUGAGCACCCUGCACUGGUACUUUUCAUGUAUGGGAAUCCCGCAAUUCACCUGCACUAGCAUUGGGGAGAUUCAGCUGUGCCGAGCGCUGUAUCUAAUUGCUGGGGAUAACAUAACUUGCUUAAUGUCCAAUAUAAAAUUCAUUGCUGUAGAGCACAAAUAGAUCUAAUCCUAAUGUAGCAACUGCUCCAAGCAGGGGUCUGUCCACUGGACAAAUACUGUUUAUAGAGUGGUCUCAUGUUAGCUCUGAAUAGAAGUGGAAAGUACAUGGCCUUUUAAUAAAAUAAUUCGCAUGACAUCACUCCCAGGACAAAUCCCCCCCC